CGUUGUAAAUAAAAACACGCAUAGCCACGCACAUACGCAAUUUUUCUGUCAGGACGAAUUGAGACCACAAUUUUAUCCACUGAAAGAGUUAAAAUGCCGUUUUUAGGAAAAGACUGGAGAUCUCCAGGAGAACAGUGGGUACGAACAGACAAAGGAUGGGAAAGAAUGAGAAUGUGGAGGCUGAAAUUGCUUGAAAAUCUAAACGAAAAUGUCGUUGCGAGAAUCAUCAAGCUUGCAUUGGAAGACAUGGAAUCCAGGCACAGUGCAUUGGUGACACACAGUCAGCCCCACAUUUAUGUGGCUAAAACUAUGUCCAGAGAGCAUCAGAUGCAGAUUUCAUUAGGUGAUGUCCUGACCAAACUUGACUUUGCUGGUGCAGCCAAAAAUAUCCGUAGAUUUAAUUAUGUUUGCAAGCUCUUGGAUGUGUUGAUCAAUGAAAAGUUGCAAUAUCUUGGAGGACAAGCCCAGAAACAGGUCUUCAGCAUUCUGGAAGCAGCAACAAACUACGUGGUGACAGCAAAGACUAAUACUCAGCUGCUUAAACAACUCCUGGUGAGCGCCCGCCAGGUUCUCAUUGCCGAGGAAAGAUACCACUUGGGAAGUCCAACUCUGUGGCAGAAUCACAUGGAGACAGUUAACAGGGCGGAGAGUCAACUGGCAACUGUGUUAGAACCUGUACAUGAGGCAGAAGAAGGCAGCAGAACCCUGGCAGAUCUUCCCAAUGAGUGUCUGUGGAAGAUCCUGGGCAUGUUGUCAGAUCACCUAGACAUUGUUAGCACAGGACUGACCAAGAAGAGAUUGUACGAGAUAUCUGCCGAGGAGCUGUUGUGGAGAGAGCUGUGUCUGUACCACUUCACUUAUGACCAGGUCAACAACCUGCUGGUCAGUGGCCAGAGGAGGAACAACCUGGACUGGAACUGGAAGAAACUGUACCUCAGGCUGGUCAAACGGCACGGCAAAAAGGAAGUUUAUGCAGACAUGUUACACCUGUGCGACAACUGCAACUGCGUUUUCUGGAAGGGUCUUGGCCAUCCAUGUUUAUCAAAAGAUGGCUGCCACUCGUCUACUGAAGUCUCGCCACAUAAAUUCCUGCAGAUUUUUAACCCUUAGAAACUUGUUAUAUGUGAAGUUUUAUAAGUUCACAUGCAGUGUAAGCAAACCAGAUGGGUAAAAAAUAAUCUUUGCAGUUUUAUGAAGGAUGUACAAAUUUUCUCAGAAAAGAGAAAAGAAACUGCCGUGUGACAAGAGAAAACAACCUAUUCUAGCUUCCAGAUUCUUUGUUCAAAAAUUGAAAGAUUAGAACCACAAGAUGACUGGCUUCCUCAACCUGUCUGUGGUUUAUUUAUAACUUGUUAUAAAUUCUCAAGGAUGAAAAAUCUCGUUAUAUUGCCAGAUAAACCCUGAAGUUGUCAAUGCUUUAAACGCAGCUCUGCAGGGGGCCCAGAUUGAUGGUUACAUGACCACAGAUGUUGGGAUGUUGUCUGGUGUCAAGAUGCAAGGAAUGUACAGUGGAUGUUGUGUACACAGUUUUGAAGACAUUUGAACCUUGCAAACCACUUUUGAAAUGCACAUAUUGUCAUUUAAAAGAAUACUUAUUUCUUUCUGUAGUGCACUAGCUGCAUUCCAUUGGAUACUCAAAUCACUCAUAGCAAAAUAUUCAGUUCAGCAAGUUUGUCACCUUGCAAUUGACAAUGUAUAUUUUGACUGAAAUCUUAUUGAUAGAUGCCAUUUUGUAUUUAAAAGGUAAAUGUGUGUUGUGAUAAAGCUGUUUGGCAAAGGGUGUUGUGCUAUUUGUUUGUACAGUGUAGUUAUAUCAAAGGAUGUAAAUCUCAUUCAAUACUUGGAAAAAGCUUUUGUGGUGCUAAAACAUUAUGUAAAAACUACUUUCUUGAAUGUACUACAUAUUUAGUUAUAUCUCUCUCAACUUAUUAAGAUUUUGAAUGAAGUGCUGUAUAAACCAACCCACCAGAAAGAGUUGUGCCAAAGUUGGGUUUUUUUUUUUUUUUUUUUUUUUUUUUUUUUUUUUUUUUUUUUUUGUGAUGUGUUGGAAAUCUUGAAAGUUAAUGUGAAUUAGUUUUCACGUUAGUCUAAUAAGAACAGAUUGACAAUUGAAGACUAACAACUUUUAUAUUCACUAGUUUAUAUUCUGAGGCCAGGGUUCUCCAAUAGAUUGGUUUUGAUUGCUGCCUGGACUUAACCAUAUUUAUUAAUCACUGUGUCCAAUUGUAGUCUUUGCUUCAUUGUUUAAAACCAUCUCUCACCUUAGUUUAUGGGUUUCUCCCAAAGUUUUCUAGUUUUUUCUAGUGGUCCCCAGUGACAGUACUGUUUCAAUCCGUUUCAAAAAAUCUGUAUGUCAAGGAUGUAAUUUGGUGUUAUGGUGGAUAAUGGAGUCGUUUCAGUUUCUGUAUAUAAUAUUGAAUACAAACUUCGCUUUCUUUCAAGCAGAUCACUGGAUAUUUAUUUGUUGGAUGUAUCAGUAUUAUACACCAUCUUGUUGCACAAUUUCUUUUACUUCAAGUUUUAUAUUUAUUUUACAAACAAUUAUAUUGCUGUGGUGCUGUGUGGAGGUUAAGUUUGAGAUUGGUGUUGUGAAAAAUGAUACAGUAAAUUGUUUUAUUAUUUUUUCUAUAAAUUAUAUCAUAUCUUUAUUAUGUCACAUGUAAAAAAUAUGUAUAGCCAUCAAAAAUGCAUGCUGAAAUGCAACCCUACAUUGGUCAACAUCAUGGCCAUUCAGAAUAGAUGAUCUGAGUACUAACUGACCCCCGGGGAGACCAUCAUGGAAUUACCAGCAUUGCUUUUGAAGUGGGGUCGGCCAUAUUCUGUCAGUGUAUCAGUUAGUACUGGGAUUAUCUAGUCUGAAUGGUCCCAUUAUUUGACUUUUAUGCAGUUAAUUAUAAUAAAAAAUAUAUACUACUUAUGCAAAAGAUAAAGAGCAUCGGAAAUCUUCCCAAAAUAUUUCUCAGUAUAUUCUAUAUUCUUGUAUACAUGUUUAAAAUAAAUUGUAUACACAAUAUGUAUAUUUACAUAUAAAAUGGGUCCAUGGUUUAAGAUCGAUUUUGUGAUGUCCAGUUGACAAUUUGAUACGGGAUGGUGAAAACCAUGGACAAUAUUUAUAUAUGCUGUUAUAAUUCCAGUUCAGAAAAAUGAAGCCCAUAAUAUGAAGCAGAAUAUAUAGUUUCUUUAUUAACACAAAGUGUGUCACAGCUCAAAGCGAAGUUUUUUUCUUCCAUAUUCAAAUGUGUCAAGGCAACAUCAAUCAUUGCUUCAUAGGUUUACAUCAGUUUUAAAAGGUCUAAGAUUAGGUGGGCAAAAUUGUUAAUGAUAAAAUUCCAGACAGAUGCAAAGAAUUGAGUAUAUUACUUAGGUUUAUUCCAUUCACAUAUAAAUAUAUAAAUAUAUAAUAAGGUUCAAUAAAUAAUAAAGAUGUUCUAAACGCAUUCAGUGUCAUGUCAUUUUUUUACCCACAAAAAUGAGCACAACCCAAUCAAUUGAAAUUGUAAGUGAUCAAAAUGAUCCGAUUUUUUCUUCGAACUAAACUAAUGAACUAGUGAAACAUCUAUUUUCUUACAACUGAACUAUUGAAACAUCACUGAGACAUCAAUAUUGGCACUUGUAUCAUUGUAUUACCAGUUGCACAAAACUAAACUCUCAUAAAAUCAAUUAGCGUCUCCUUAAUAAUUUUAGACAAAACAUCCCAGUAAUGCACAAACAUGCUGUGGUAGAAUUCCUGGUUUUCAAUACAAUCACAAGCCAGGCUGUCUCAACUGGCACAAUGAAUACUACUUUAAUACUUCCAGUGGUGACUGAGAUAAUUUCUACCCCCUCCUGCUGCAGGUCUUCCCUUAUAAAUAAGUUGCCUCUAGCCUACAUUCAUUCCACCCACAUGUCCCUAUCAACCCUGUGCCACACUGAGCUUACAACCACCCCCUGAGGUAUCCCGAGUAACCUACCACACCCUGGGUAUCCAAACCUUACCUCUGUGCCACAAUGGGCUAACAACCACCCCCCGAGGUAUCCUGAGUAACCUACCACAACCUGGUAAAAAAUCUUACCCCUGUGCCACACAGGGUUUGCAACCACACCAGUUCUUUUCUUAGACAUUUUUCCUGUAAAGCACUGAAAAGAGGUGCUCAUGCCAUAUUUUAUAAAUCUUACACAGUCAUAUUUUAUUAAUUAAUGAUCUUCUCUUUAAAGUGGGGUUAUCCCUUUGACCAAAGUGUCACCAGAACAGCUGUGGACCAUUCUGUCACCACUUUUCCUGACCCCAGUUUCUAACCCCACUCUCUGGGGUCUCCUGUUAUCAGGAUGGUUACAAGCUGUCGUCUGCCCUCAGUGUUGCCAUGGAAACUUUUCCCUGUCAGCGGAGGUCACCAGCGCUGAGAUAAGGCUCCAGAGACUGCCAUGUGGCUGAAAGCUCCUUUCUC